AUGAACGCCGCUCAGCGCCGUAUCCUCAGAGAUUUCAAGAAAAUUCAGCAAGAGAAGCAAAAGAACUACGUUGUCACACCACAUCCUAACGACAUCUUCAACUGGGAUGCCGUUCUCUUCGGACCAGAUCAGACAGAAUGGGAAGGCUCAACAUUCCGCAUGACUUACUCUUUCCCAGAUGACUAUCCACAUACAUGCCCAACAGUCAAGUUCGUCGACAUUCCAUUCCAUCCAAAUAUCUAUCAGAACGGUAACAUUUGCAUCGAUAUUCUUCAGGCUAACUGGUGCAACGCAUACGAUGUUUCAUCCAUCAUGACAUCAAUCCUCUCAUUACUUGUGGCUCCAAAUCCACACUCUCCAGCUAAUAAUGAAGCUGCCGAAUUGUAUGUGAAGAACAAGCCAGAGUAUAUCAGGCGUGUUAAGCUUUCUUUCCCAAAUACAAAUAAAUAA